AUGCAGCGUCUAACACUCCCAGAGACAUUUUCCAAUCAACCUGUUCAGUGAUGCUAUGCCACACGUCUGGACACAGUUUGGACUUGAACCUGGACCUCCCAGCUCAGAGAGGUUGUCAACGUAAGCUACGCUGGACACAUAAAGAAAGGAAGCCCUUGAAAAUAUCCAGUAUUCUGUAACAACAUCGCAUCAAAAUGGCAUUCUGGUCAUUACUGGAUGGUGUGCUUUUCAUAAAUUCAAUUCAUUUGACGGUAAUGAGGUGCCAAGCUUCAACAGAACAAUUCCAGGUCAGAAUCGUGAAUGGGGACAAUGAGUGUUCUGGGAGAGUGGAAGUCUUUUACAAUAAAACAUGGGGCACUGUCUGCGAUGAUGGUUGGGACCUAAGUGAUGCGCAGGUUGUCUGCACCGAGUUGAGUUGUGGGUUUGCCCAGGCUGCGCCUGGAAGUGCUAAGUUUGGGAAAGGCCUAUCGUCGAUUUGGCUGGAUUCCGUUCAAUGCAAUGGGUCUGAAUCAAACCUCUGGCAGUGCCAAUCAAACACCCUGGGUCAGCACGAUUGCCAGCACAGCGAGGAUGCAUCUGCUCUGCCUCAUUGCAUGGAAUGUCCUCGCAACAUAAAUGCCGUGCAUGUGGCAGGCUUUGGUGAGGUCACAGCUGGAGCACCGUGUGCUAUUCUGGUCUCCAUACUCUCGGAAGGAUGUGAUUCCACUGGACAGCGUGCAGAGGAGAUUCACCAGGGUAUUGCCUGGGACGGAGCAUUUUGGUGA